CCCAUGUGCGUCCAUCCGCAGACAUCGCUGUCGUGUGUGUGCUGCGUUUGAAGCACCGUGGGAAAGCCGAACAGGAUGGUGCAACCGUCGCUGUGCUUCCUGGGGGGCCUUUUGGGCCUGUUUCUAAUGGCUCCCGUUCUGAUGGCUUCCACGCCCGCCAGCAUGUGCACGCCCCUCAAGACGCUCAACGACAGCCUGAGCCACAGGCGACGGUACAUGAAGCACAACUUUCCCAUCAACUAUGCCAUCCGAGUUCAUCAUGAGGAAAUUUUUAAGCUGUCAAAUAUCAGCAAAAUGAAAUUAAAGGUGGAAGGACUGGAUGAGCUGGUUCUCCAGAGGCUGUGGUUUCAAGUGAACCAAGGCGUCUUAAAAAAGAUCAUCCGGGUUUUGCCGGAGAGGCAUCCUUCGCGUCCUUACACAGCGGAGUUGGAGAGACGGUUCAGGGAUGCUGAGGGAGUCUUUGUUCAGUCGCAUCCUGCUGAGGUGUUCCAGCAGGAGCUUCCAGAGACGAUCCAAGACAUUUGGGAUCAGUUAACAGAGGAGCCUGAGAGAGUGCCGGUGUCCAGCUGGAGGUUCGCGUCUCCAAAAUCUCUGGUGGAUAACUUGUGCCACACCAUGUGCUGCCUUUUCUGGGAGUGCUUUUCCAGCACAGUGUCUUCUCUGGACUACUGUGCAGUCUCCCAUUCAAAGAAGGGCAGAAAAACGCAGAGCCCAGAAUUGGAGACGGCGCCCACGGAGCCUGCAGAGUGGUGACUUCCACGUUGAUGCCGCCCAGAGACUCCAGUGAUUCACAGGAAAAACCCAUUUCAACAAGUCAUUUCCACAAAGAGCCAAGAUCAUUGUACAGACUGAAAACCUUGGCACCAAGCAGCGGUGAGACCCGACAGAACAUGUUGGUAUAGCGACGCCACCUGUGCUUCAUUUAGUAGCGUACGGACUUUCCAUGUAGCCGAAAUGCGGCUCAGCUUUGAGAGGAACCUUCAGGAUUUCAGCUGGGACGCUGGAUCUUUUCCUUGAAGAUCUUUCCUGCUUCUGGUAACUCAUCUGUCAGAUGUGUUUAUGUUUCAUAUGUUAAUAACGAUGAUGAAUGCAUUGUUUUCUGAGAUGAAUUCUUUGGGAAGAAACUUCUCAACAAAAGGCUAACAGAAAGAGACAGACUUUGUACCACAGCCAAGCAUCCCGAUAUAUCAUGUUAUUUAAAAACAAAUGUUUUACAGCUGUGCUACAGGCUUGGAUUGCAUAAUCGAAGAGCUAUCCAAAAAAGUAUGUUCAUUUUCAUUUGCUGCUCCGUGGAUUUAUGUUGUUUUUUUUCAUCUGUUAAAAAAAAAGGAAGAAAAACAAACUUGGUCAACUGACAACAUAUUUACCUUCCUUUUUACCGAACUCUGUGUUCAGCAUAAAUCUGUUUCAGUUUGUUUUUACCAGAAAGGCCAUGAAUUCAAAGGCAAGUUUAUGGAAAACGAUGAAUUGAAUGAAUGAAUUGGCACUUGAGUUUUAUUUGAGUUUCCUGAGUUUUGAAAGGAAUCUGGAGAGAAACCAAACUGGUGCCUUCGCAAAACAUGACAAGCAUCGAGUUUGGUCUUGAUGCAAAAAUUAGAGUCUUCUGACUGAAAUUUUAAUAAAAAAACCCGUCAGAGUUCCUAAAAUCUUCGGCUGAAGUUUCAAGAUGUGACAGGAAAGAGCAUGAUGCCAUAAGAAUUAGGAUUGUAUAAUUAUAUAGAUUCUUCGAUAUCUAUUGUUUUACACCCUUGAAAGGUAUUGAUUUUUCACCAGCGAGUAUUGAUACAUUAAACCCUAGGGGUACAUUGGCUUAUACAGUCUUUUUAACAUGUCUGGUUUGUGAUAGCCAGCAAGACUCCGCCUCCCCAAGUUUCACUUUCAUCCAUCCAUCCAUCCAUUUUCUGUUCACCCUUGUCCCUAAUGGGGUCGGGAGGGUUGCUGGUUCCUCUCCAGCU